AGUGGGCAAGAGUGUAGUCUAGGUCUACAGUCGUGGGUAGGCGGUAGGCGGUGAUAUUGUGAAGUUGCUGCUUAACUGAAAAGUAUUGCUCUUUUUUUUAUCGUCUCUGUUUUCCACGUACUUCCCAAAAGAUCAAUGAAUACUGCAGGCUCCGGGCUUCGUUGCACAGGCUAUUAGAACGCCUUUUCAGUGUGGCGGAUUGUGACCCACUACUGACAGUAAAGGGAUUGUCUCGUUUGACGCUUUGAUGAAACGCAAGGUGCGCUUGGACAGGAUCGACCUGAGGCAGAGAUGCCCAAAGCGUCAGGAGGCCGGUCGAAAAAUAUUUUGCGUAAACUGGAUAAAUUCUGGAAAAAGUCGGUCUUUUUGGAACAUUCAAAGAGCGCCCAAACCACCAAUAUACUGGAGAGCAAUCCUCCUCCAACAGAAGUGGUUUUCGACUUCCAGGAGUACCUGAAGCAAAAUCUCUUGGUCGAGGCUUGCCAACAGUUGCUUUUACGAGAGGAAGAGCUCUUUGGCCGAGAAACUGUGGCGGAGGAUGAGAGCGGAGGUGCUAGCAAAGAGGAAGCUAAUGACUCGCUACAAAUUGACAACGAAGCACUGUUGCUCCAGUUACGGAUGGCAGUUGAUGCAACCUUCAGUUCCACACUUGAUGGAAAACACCUGAAAACGCUGAAGAGUGCGGUGGACGCCAUAGUGCUGCAGGAGCAGCAGGACCGGUACUGGGAAAGUCUGCCCAAAGAUCACAGAAUGCUAGCCCCUGUGUGGCGGCCGAAUGAGUGCUGGGUCAACCACACUGUCAUACUCAAAGGACUGGUGGCAUCCAGGAUGAGGGAGGCAGCAGAGGACACCGUUAGCAGUGUCAACGACCUGUCAACACCCGUUAAAAGAGAGGUGUUUAGGAUGGGCAAGUGUGUCAAGGAAGACAUUCUCAAGGUUGCUGUGGACGUGAAGGGCUGCUACCCUGCAGAGUAUAAUGUGUGCAACUUGUACAUGAGACUUUACCACCAGGAGUUUUCGGCAAGGUUAACGAAACUGGCCCACUCCGAGCUGGAUCUGAAAGACUGUUCCUACAUUAUUUUCUGGGUUAAUCAUUUAUAUCCGAGUGAAAUCUUACAACACAGUGGCUUUGAGGGGCAUGUCAACUGCACAUCUUUGGGAACUCUUUUAUCGGAGGAGGAUCUCACCCGUUUGGAGGAGCAGUAUUUACAGGCUGUUGAGGAUAAAGUCAGGACGUGGGUGGCCAAGGCUCUGAGUAAGGAGGAAAAUGGUUGGCUCAGUGGAAAGAGGCCAGAACUCAUAGACGGUUACUAUUGCUGUCCUUUGGCAAUUGACGUCAUACAGGCUGUUUAUGACGCAACAAGGGAGGCCAGGACCAUUCUAAGUAGUGAGAGCAAAGCCCAAAGAAUCCUAAGUCAGCUGGACGGCUUCUUGAUAAGCUUCAAGAAAUCUCUGAAAGAAUAUGUGAAAGCGAGACGGGAGAACACCCAGGAUGCGAUGAAGGCUAACCUUUUUAGCAUCGAACAAUUCGGAGACUUCUUUAUGAAUGACCAGACAAUCCCAGAAGAGGUGAAGGCAAGCUGCACAUCCACCCUGGCCGACCUGAGGGACUGUGGUUACAGAUACUUCACCGGUCCCAUUCACGAGGAGCUCAGGGUUCAUUACCGUCAGCUGUGGACACCGGGCUGGUUUACGGGGGGUCAGAGGUCAUUGGAUGACCUCAUGGAGACCCUGGACAGAUGCAUUCAGCAACUGACGGGCCUCAAUCCGAUAUGUAAGAAGAAACUGCUCGACUGGCUCCACACGGAGGUGACAGUGGAGUAUGUGAGGAGGAUGAUGAAGAGGAAGAUGAGGCUCAAGGACAAGGAGCAGCAGGAGGCAGCGGCUGACGUGUUGCAGGCUGACAGCAGGACGCUGGCAAACUACUUCAAUGGAGAAGGGUCCAAAACAAGCUGGCUGAAGGAUGUUCUUCCUAGAUUGGCGGAGGUGGUCAGACUUCAGGACCCAGGAAUUAUCCAUCUGGAGAUCGUCACCCUGGCUAGAGACUACCCAGAUAUUAGUUGGAAACAUAUCACAGAUCUGCUCUAUCUGAAAGUCAACCUUUCCCGGGAUGACAUCCGCAGUAUCAAAAAGGGUUUCCGGGAGAAUCUGCCUGCCAUCACCUCUUCCAACGCCAACCCAGCAUUCUUCUCCAGGGUCCAAGCUGGCAAAACAUGGCAAAAUUAGUCUUAAUUAUGUUAUUGUCAGGCUGUAAACUGUUUAAACCGAUUACAACUAGCAGGUCUCUUUUACACUAUAUAUCCAGGGGGAAAACACCCAGAAUCGGUACAUUGCUGUUACAUUAUAAAGAUGUGCUUUGAUGUUCAUAUAAUGUUAUGUUUGUUUUUUUCCAUUCCCACAUUAAAGGGAAUGGAAAAUGAAAUCCAGUAUAGGUCAAAUAUAUAUAUACUCUGCUGUAGGUGAAAUAAUUUUUUGAUGUGUCAUACCGUGUUUGUGAUUCACUCAUGGAUUUCAAUAAAAAGAAAAAUCUUU